UGGCGUUAAUUCAGUCCAGUGAAGAUAAUGCCAAACCAGACCCAGAUAUCCAGCCUGAUGUGGUAUAUACUGCAUCUCCAACAUGGCUUGGAAAGAUACAUCCUUAUUUCAAGGACCCGGAACAUGUUGUAGUCCUCAAACUCGACGUCCUCCUAUUGGCCUGGGCCUUCAUCGCCGGAUUAAUGAAGGAUAUGGACCAGUCUACGACGACGCAGGCUUACGUCUCGGGAAUGAGAGAAUCUCUUUCGCUGUACGGAAACGAACUCGUCGAGUUCACCACAUAUUUCUCCAUCGGCUACGCGCUCUUCAUCGUCCCCGCUCAGAUGAUACAGACGCGAGUCCGCCCCUCGAUCUUCUUGCCAAUCUGCGAGAUAAUUUGGGGCGCGCUCACGUUAGCGACUUAUAAGGCGCCUAAUGCGAGAGCUGUUUCCGUCCUGAGAUUCUUCCUGGGUGUUUUCGAGUCGACGUCUUGGCCCGGUCUCGUCAGUCUCAUCUUCAAUUGGUAUACACCGAGAGAGCUUGGCAAGCGAUUGGCCAUAUUCGGCGUCAGCGGCGUGGCUGGUAACAUGUUUUUAGGAAUCUUACAAGCCGCCCUCUAUAAGAAUCUCAAUGGGGUGAAUGGUCUUGGGGGUUGGCAGUGGCUCUUUAUCGUCUCCGGUAUUAUGACGAUGACGUGGGGAGCAAUAGGAUUCCUAGUCAUCCCCGACUCCCCUACGAUCACUCGAGCUCUUUACUUGAACCCUUCCGAGAGGGAACUAGCGCGCACAAGGCUCUCUAAACACGGAAUGACGACCUCGGAGCUGAUUCCGUUUGAACUUCUUGUUAAGAAACUCCGCUCGUUGAUCCAAAACCCCCUUACGUACCUGUUCCUGGCGGCCUAUCUCCAGUUCGCCUGGUCACAACGCGCCAACUCGUACUUCCUUCUGUACCUGAAAGGAGUGAAAGACGAAAACGGUGAGCCGCUAUAUUCAACGUACACGGUGAAUCUUAUUCCGCUUGGGGGGUACGCCAUCUCAAUUGUCUGCAACAUCGCACUGAACGCGCUGAGCGACUGGAAAGGCUGGCGGUGGCAAGUAUCCUGCGCCACUGCCGCCUUGCAAUUAAUAGCAACCUCCGUUCUAGCUGGAUGGCCCCAAUCGCAUUCUACAAUCAUGACGUUUUACUUCCUCACGUUUGCCACGGCCGCUUGGGGUUACGCGCUCGUAGCGUGGCUGGCGGAGAUAUUGCGCAGGGAACCCGAGGCGCGAUCGAUCAUCGUCGCCAUUGCCAUUACGCUGGUAUACGUCGGGCACGCCACGAUCCCGCUGCGCGCGUGGCGGGUGUCCGACUCGCCUACGUACCCGAUAGGGUUCCCUUUGGCUGCGGCCUUUUGCGUAGGGAGUAUAGGGUGUAUGCUGGCGAUGCGAUUUCAUGUUCGAAAGUACCCGAACAUUGUAGAAUGGGGGCUGGACUGGAGAGAAAGACAGGAUGGUGCGGUGGAGGAGGCGUCUGAUUCCGAUCAGGCGAAUGGGAAACAGAUCACAAGGCAGACUACGAGGGAGGUCUGAACGUUCGUCGAUUUUCCCUUGCCAAUCCAGCAGGAAGGUUAAGAGCAUUAGUAGCAAAAAUUCACAAUUGUUUUCAGGAACGGUCUAGGGGAAGCCUGUUACGAGAAACCAUCGCCCCUUAAUGAUCGACUGAUAUUUCCAGCCAGGAGGUGAUUUUCAAAGUUUCUUUAUGAAAUGUUUAGUAAGGAGAUCGCGGAGUACAAUAUUUAUGUUGGGAUCGGUAAGCUAAGUCAAGAUUCAUCGAAACUCUCCCAAUUUGACUCUUGAUGUUUUCAUCCUUAGGUAGUCCCCCAUACCCAGCAUUGUUCAGUGUACACUGGAUAGGUCCGCGUGUAGUUACCUAAGACUGUACCUCAUGCAACCACCAAAAUCUUUCAAUAGGCACAGGCACCACUGUGACCAGAUUCCAUCCCGUACUAAAUCGAUUUGUUCAAUAAGGUCAACACCACAAUGUGUGUCUUUUGUCACUAAUGAAGCUAACGAGACAUUGUGUUGAAUGCUUU